AUGCAUAAUACAUAUUCAAAUGAGUUUAUGCGUGCAAAUACAAAUAUCAAUGAUGAUGCAGAAAACGAAUACAAUCACAGCAUCGUAGAUACAAAACAAUUUGCAACAGAGAAUAACACGAACUCAUAUGGCGUGUCUGUGAGUAACAAACUGCUUGAUGCGUCAUUUGAUUUUAACAUUACCAAAGACAGCAAAACACUUGUUGACAGGCUGUUUUUGUUUCCUGCAGAGCGCAUUGAUGAAAUGAUUAUAAAUGAAAAGUUUGAAACAGAGCAGGAUUUCUGGCAGUUUGUCGAUAAAGUAUCUUCAAAAUCACAUGAGGAUUUCAGAUUCGUCAUAGACAACGGAAUCAACGAUGAGCCGUUUUGUAAUGCGCCUUCAUACAUUAAAAAGCUCGAGGAUGCACGUUCAAAUAGCACAGAUAACAAUGAACUACUUGAAAACUUGUUGAGUCUUUCUAAAAAGCUAAACGAAGCAUGGAAAGACAUAUAUGUUGUCCAGAAUAAAAUAAAGCAAGGCUACUACUCAACAAUGCUCAAAGUUGACAAUCCAUUCAUCAUCCCUGGAGACAGGUUCCGAGAAUGCUAUUAUUGGGACACAUACUGGAUACUUGAAGGACUACUCAAUAAUGGAAUGAAUAAGACUGCAAUUGGAAUGGUUGAGAACUUUAUCGGGCUGAUCAGAAAACACGGAUACAUUCCGAAUGGACUCCGCUCAUACUACCUGAACAGAACACAGCCUCCAUACUUUCCAAUGAUGCUUUUUGCUCUGUAUAGGAAUAUAGCAUGGGAUGACAUCAAGCAUAUUAUGAUUGCAGGCCUUGAAGCAGCCAUUGAGGAACAUUCUUUCUUCAUGGCAAAUAGAUCGACUGAAAUCGAUGUUGAUGGAAAGCACUUGCUCAACAUAUACAAAGUAAGCUCCAGUACACCACGCCCUGAAUCAUAUAGAGAAGAUAAGCAGCUUACACAAGAAAACAAUCGCGAGGAUCGAGGAACAAGAAGAACUGAAAGCGAAACAUACACCGACAUCAAGUCUGCAUCAGAGUCCGGAUGGGAUUUUUCAUCAAGAUGGCUUAAGGAUAAAUCAGACCCUGCAUCAAUCCGAACAUCCAAGCGAAUCCCCGUUGAUCUCAAUGCCAUCAUGUAUGCAAACGAGCUAAUUAUUUCAAAGCUAUUUGAAAUCACACAAGGAACUGACUCAUCGGAGGCUGCACGAUUCAAAGAAAUGAGCACAAGGCGGUUAAAGGCAAUCAACAGCGUGCUUUGGAACAGUGAGGAAGGCGUCUGGAAUGAUUACGACAUAGAAGACAAGAUGCACACAUCAACAGGAUUCUAUGCUUCGAACCUUAUUCCAAUGUGUUAUGGCAUAAACCCACCAGCAGAUGCAGACACAACUGUUUAUGACAUCCUGGAUAAGUUUGCACAUGAGAUAUUUGGAAACGAGGGAGGAAUGCCUGUGAGUGGGCCUGCAUACAAGAACAGUCCCUUGCAGUGGGACUAUCCGAAUGUUUGGCCUCCACUUGUUCACAUCAUGACAUUUUUCCUCGAACGCAUAGAUGAGCGAGAAAUGGCAUUGCACAUGGCUAGAGCAUUGCUUAGAAACAUUUCUAUCUCAACUUCAUUCCAAGACGAGAGGAAGCGUGGAAUAUUCGAAAAAUAUGAUUGCACAAGAGUUGGAGAGCCAGGUGGAAAAGGCGAGUACACAUUACAGAGAGGAUUUGGAUGGACAAAUGGUGCAGCAAUUCACUUCAUAGAGCACUUCUCAUCUGAAAUUGUCUCUACCAAGCCUCACGCAGAGUCUUAUAAAAGCAUCUUAAGCAUUAUAAAAGAAAAGAAAAGCACCAGACAAACUCCUUUAGGGCACACUCCAGAGAACUGCCUUCUUCUAAAUGAGCAGCCUAUCGAUAUAAACACAAAUUCAAAAUGCAGCGCCCAACAAUCUCUACCCACACUCAUCCAAGCCUCAGACUGA